GUGCCCGCCCGCAGCCCGCCGGCCUCGGACGGGGCCGUGCCGGCAUGGAGACGUAGAGGGGAGCCGCCGAGGAGCUGUCACAGAAAGUGAAAGAUGAAGCCUCUUGUUCUCUUGGUUCUUGUGAUCUGUACUGUAGUCAGCAUGAAUUUGAAGCUCGUGUCAAAGAGAAAUUCUGUUGAUGGUUGCAUUGACUGGUCAGUGGAUCUCAAGACAUACAUGGCUUUGGCAGGUGAACCAGUCCGAGUGAAAUGUGCCCUUUUCUACAGCUAUAUCAGAACUAAUUAUAGCAUGGCCCAAAGCACAGGUCUUAGGCUUAUGUGGUACAAAAACAAAGGAGAUUUAGAAGAACCCAUUAUAUUUUCUGAAGUUAGGAUGAGCAAGGAUGAAGAUUCAAUAUGGUUUCACUCGGUUGAGUUGCAAGACAGUGGUUUCUACACAUGUGUUCUAAGAAACUCAACAUAUUGCAUGAAGGUGUCCAUGUCCUUGACAGUAGCUGAGAAUGAAUCUGGACUUUGCUACAACAGCAAGAUCAGAUAUCUGGAAAAAUCAGAAGUCACUAAGAGAAAGACAAUCUCCUGUCCUGAUAUUGAGGAUUACAAAACAGUCGGUCAAGAGCCGGAUGUGGUGUGGUACAAGGAAUGUAAGCCAAAAAUGUGGAGAAGCAUUGUUAUUCAGAAGGGAAAUACUCUCUUAAUACAAGAGGUCCAGGAAGAAGAUGGAGGAAAUUAUACCUGUGAACUAAAGUUUGAAGGCAAGCUUAUACGAAGAACAGUUGAAUUGAAGGUUACUGCUUUACUCACAGACAAACCUCCAAAGCCAUUGUUCCCCAUGGAGAACCAGCCAACUGUUAUAGAUGUCCAGCUGGGAAACCCGCUGACCGUGGCCUGCAAAGCUUUCUUUGGAUUCAGUGGAGAAUCGGGCCCCAUGAUCUACUGGAUGAAAGGGGAAAAAUUCAUAGAAGAAUUAGAAGGUCACAUUAGAGAAGGCGAAGUCAGACUCCUGAGAGAACACCUUGGAGAAAAAGAAGUUGAAUUGACAUUGAUUUUUGAUGCUGUAGAGGAGGCAGACCUGGCUAACUAUACGUGUCAUGUGGAAAACAGAAACGGACGGAAACAUGCCAGUGUUCUUCUGCGUAAGAAAGAUUUGAUCUACAAAAUAGAGCUUGCUGGAGGACUGGGAGCCAUCCUUCUUCUGCUUAUUUUGCUCGUGACCAUCUAUAAGUGCUACAACAUAGAGUUAAUGCUGUUCUACAGACAGAACUUUGGAGGAGAUGAAGCAGCUGACGACAACAAGGAAUAUGAUGCGUAUCUUUCAUACACCAAAGUGGAUCCUGAUGCGUUAGAUUGUGAUAAUAAUGAAGAGGAGCAGUUUGCACUUGAAAUUCUGCCAGAUGUUCUUGAAAAGCACUAUGGAUAUAAGCUCUUCAUUCCGGAUAGGGACCUGAUCCCUAGUGGAACCUACAUUGAAGAUCUCACAAGAUGUGUUGAACAAAGCAGAAGACUCAUUAUCGUGUUAACUCCAGACUAUGUUCUCAGGAGAGGAUGGAGUAUUUUUGAGAUGGAAAACAGACUCCAUAACAUGCUAGUCAGUGGAGAAAUCAAAGUUAUUUUGAUUGAGUGUACUGAAUUAAAAGGGAAAGUGAAUUAUCACGAAGUGGAAUCUUUAAAGCACACCAUCAAACUUCUCUCAGUGGUCAAGUGGAAAGGACCAAAAAGCAGCAAACUGAAUUCUAAGUUUUGGAAGCGCCUAGUCUUUGAAAUGCCAGGGAAGAAAAAGGAGGUGGUGUCUCGGCAUCAGGUCCUGGAUUCUGCAGAGCAGGGCCUUUUUGGAGACCUCCAGACUGUACCCUCUCUUGCCGUCACAGGCACUUCUGCCACGUUGGUAGAAUCACGGGCUGAUUUAACUGAUUACCAUCAAGCAGACUCUGUGCAAAUGAGACAUUAUUGCAGAGGAUAUGAAUAUGAUGUAUCAGCAGCAACAUUGCCCAUAGCUUCCAUAAGCAACCAUCACACAUACUGUAACAUACCUUUGACACUACUAAACGGACAGCUACCUCUUAACAAUACCAUGAAGGAUCCGCAAGAGUUUCACAGGAACAACCCAUUGCUACCUUUAUCAGCAAAGGAGCUUAGCUUCACCAGUGAUAUUUGGUAG